CCAUCUCUAAUACAAACAGCUGUUGUACUCCCCCUACGAAUUUUUAACCGCGUUGCACGUGUUGCAAUUUGUUUUCAAUUAUGUCCAAGUUUCUUUCAUAUUACAACCUAUUUCCUAUACCGGACCCCAAGGAGUUUUUGGGGCUGGCGUCGGACAAGGAAAAGGGGAACGUGGUGACUACACUGGCGCGCAACGUGGUAGUGGUUCUUAACAUAAGCACACAGAAGCAAAUCCUCAGCUGGUCUCUUCCUGAGAAGCUUUCGAGCAAGGUGAUCUUCGAUCCCAGCAGCCAGAAAUAUGUGGGAGUCUUCGGGAACCAUGCCCUGCGCCUGUGGGAUGUGGACACCAGCGAUGUGUCUAAAUCUAAAAAGCUAAAAUUCCAAAAAAGCAUAGCCCACUUGGUGGAAACCAAUCAGGAGGCUCUGCUCCUUUAUAGCGAUGGGGAAUGCCAGCCGCUUUCACAGGCCCUCGCGGCUCGAAAGGAUCAGGUCGAGGAGACCGCCGAACAACUGGCUCUGGCCGCUAGUAAGAUUAUAAGCAAGCCCUCGGUUUACACAAUGCCCGAGGGACAUCAGGUGCUCACCUAUUUCCAAGAAACCAAAGCCACUGGGGAACUACAGCUCAUCCGGUUGUCCUUGUCAACUGGAAACCGAAGGGAAUUCCUUAUUAAACGGGAGGAGGUUCGGCUAACUGGCUAUGCUGUCAUUGAGGGCGACACUGCGCCUCAGUUGCUUACCAUUUGGUCUGACAAGCGCAUCUUUAUGCUAAACCUGGCGGAGCGUGGUUUUGAGCGUUCGCCGGGACAAUUUGUUUCCAUGCUGGCUGAACUAAAUGUGGAGAGCAAGAUGUCCGUACACGGAGUAUCGCGCAACUUCGCAGCUAUCUACGGAGCCAACUACGGACAGGAGGGUGCCUCCCUGCUGGUUUACAACACACAGUUCAAGGUUGUCAACGCAAAGCAGUACUUUAAGGUCUACUUGGACUUCUCUCGGCUUUGGGCCGGGGAUGAGCACAUUCUUUUGGCCAUGGGUCAGAACAUAGCUGCCGUGAAAUACCGAAUGAACCAGGAAGUCCUCGUGGACAUGCUGGGUUCCCAGCUCAGCGACACCCAUCUCACAACCCUCGAACUAGAUCACAUCAACGAGGAGGAACACCUCGAGUCAGUCAUCAAGUUUGAUGGCAGCACAAACCCCAUAAAUUAUGGUUUGGCCAAAAAGAAGUUGAAUAAGUUGGUGGCGACGUCAAAUUUGGAAAAGGCUGAUGGCAGGGAGUUGGCCUAUGAGCCACCAGAGUUGGUGGACCAGGAACUGAGUGACCUUAUCAAGCACCAUGUCCACGGAGAGGUGACGAGUUGCGAGAACGGCUUGGAGAACGUGAGCGUGACCCUGAUGAGCAAUUUCUUCGAUGCCGGACCGAUGAACACGGCUGUCCAGGCGUUGGUGCGGCAGUUGGAACGAAGUGGAGCCGGCGAGGAGGAGAUCAUCGAAAAGAUACUUACCCUAUUCAUCAAAACCGACAACGCAGAGCAUGUGCUUAUGUCUCUACGGCGAUACAGCAACAUCUCCGAGAGAAUGCUGGCCUGGUCACUGCGGUAUGCCCUCGACAAAAAUGUCCAAGCACCCCGCAUUAAUGGCCAUGCCAAGGGGGAACCUAUGGAAACCAAUCAAUCCAACAAUGAGCUUCUAAAUGCCGUGCUCGCCUGCAGCUUUGACGCCACUGCCAUUGAGGAUCAUCUGCGGCAUCGUUUGGAACUUCCACAUGUCAUUCAUCUGAUGAAUCAUCUGUAUAACCUGGCCAGCGAUCCCAAAGCUCAACUAGAGGAGCGUCCUAACCGGGAUUCCUCUUUGGUGCAAACCGAAGUUCAAGCCCUACAAUGGUUUGGCAGCCUCCUGACCUCCCACUUGACCCUGCUGAUCAUCUCCAAAGACGAAGGUCUACUGCACACCCUUACCAAAUGGGCCGAACUUCUGUCGUUCUACCAAGAAAGCUUAUUCGAUAUCGCAAAUGUAUUGCCCCUGCUUACGAAUAUUGUUGAGCAGCGAGAGAUAAAGCCAAUUUACUCCACCACGUGGUAUGGAGUCGAGGAGGUGGUUCUUUAUUAAGUAGAGGAAGAUGUUUUAAAACUAUUCUUAAGAGGAAAUUGUAGAAAAUAAAAAUGUUAUUAUUUUAGGUA